UCCCAUCCUCACAAUCUUGUAUCAUAUGAUCAUAUAUGUUUGGUUACACUUCCACACUACUUUUCCAUAAUCCCAGAAAAAUAAAAAUCCAAUCUUUAUUCACUAGUUCUGAAAAUGGCAGCCUCAUCAUCGUCGACCAUGUUCUCGUCAGCCAUGUCACCGGCGACCCUUCAGAGGCCAAACGCCGCCGCCCAGCUGAUCUCUCCGGCCAACCUCAGCUUCCAAGGCCUGAGAGCUCUCCCAAAGCAGCACCACCAGACCAGAGCUGCCAUGGCCGUGAGCUCGGGCUCGAGCAGGAGAAGUAGUAGUGGCACCAUCAAAGCUGAGCUGAACCCUUCUCUGGUGAUAAGCCUGAGCACCGGGCUGUCUUUGUUCCUGGGGAGAUUCGUGUUCUUCAACUUUCAGAGAGAGAACGUGGCCAAACAAGGGCUGCCGGAGCAGAACGGAGUGACCCACUUCGACGCCGGAGAUGUUAGAGCCAAGGAGUACGUGAGUCUGCUCAAGUCCAAUGAUCCUGUUGGGUUCAACAUCGUCGAUGUCUUGGCUUGGGGCUCCAUUGGUCACAUCGUUGCUUACUAUGUCUUGGCCACUUCCAGCAAUGGCUACGAUCCCAGUUUCUUCUAAACAAUUUAUUAUGCUUUUUUUUUUUUUUUUCAUUUUCUCAUUGUUAUUAAUCACUUUCUUUUCUAAGUAUGAAUCGAACUACUUUCAAGUACAA